UUGAAAAAGUUGAAAAGGUUGAAAAAUCUAACAAUCAAUUAAAGUCAAAAUGGAGCUACAAGGCAGUAACUCGAGAACUUCCAUUUGGCAACGAAGAUUAUAUAAGAGAUCUUGAACAUAAGUAUUGGAAAAAUUUGGCUUAUUUUUCUCCAUAUUAUGGAGCCGACUUGGAUGGUUCUCUUUUCACUGAUUCAACUACUACAUGGAAUGUCAAUAACAUUGAUAACCUUUUGAAUUUAAUGGAUCCAAUUCCUGGCGUAAAUAAAGCGUAUCUAUAUUUUGGAAUGUGGAAAGCUUCUUUUGCUUGGCAUGUCGAGGACAAAGAUCUUUAUUCGAUCAACUACAUUCAUUUCGGUGCUCCAAAAUUUUGGUAUGCUAUAUCUCCUCAAAAAUCUGCUACGUUUGAGCAAAAGAUGAAAGGAUGGUUUCCUGGGUAUUUCUACGAGUGUUCGGAAUUCUUACGUCACAAGGAAUUCAUGGCAUCACCUGAACAACUUAGGAAUGGAAUCAUGCCAUUUGGAAAAGUGGUUCAAAGAGAAGGGGAGUUUAUAAUUACAUUCCCUCGUGGUUAUCAUGCUGGGUUUAACAUGGGAUUUAAUUGUGCAGAAAGUGUAAAUUUUGCCUUUGAAGAUUGGAUUGAAAUGGGUAUUAAGGCUAAAUCAUGUGAAUGUAAUCCCGAUAGUGUUACUAUUGAUGUGAAUGGUCUUUUUGGACACUUGUUGAAACAGCCUAUUUCAGAAGGUACAUGUCCAAUCGAUAAAAGUAUAGAAGCUUCAGUUAUCGAAUUGCCAUCUCGUCCACUUCAAAAAAUAAAAGGAUCGCGGAAAAUGGCCUCUUCAAAUACGCCAAUUGCGAUGGACCUGGAUGGACCGGUAACUUUAAUGUAUCCCGAACAUAGUUACGUAUCGCCAUCACCUGAUUCCGAUAUGAUCGCAUCAUUAGCAAAUAGAACAAGGAUUGGUUCACAUUUUAAGAGUCAAAACCGGGAACAUAGAAUAAUGAACUCACCGCGCGAAGUUAACAAGAUGAAAUCUCCACGUAAAAAGAAUUCACUAGAUAAACUUGUUAUGGUCAAUAAUGAAAUUUCAUUUUCUAAAGUAGAAAAAAUGGAGACUAAUGAGAAUGGUCAUAUUGAUCAUAAUAAAAUGGAUAAGGUUGAAACCAAAAAUUGCAAUUAUACCGAUAGAUGUGCUUUAUGUCCGGUUGUCGGUGUAAAAUCUGAUAUCAUGGACGAAAGGUUUGAAAUGGUACACAACAAAGAAUACCAUUUAGUCCAUCGAUUUUGUGCAUUGUUUGUUCCGGGAAUGUUUAUUUCUGCUAACGAAAAUUAUGAUAACAAUGAAGUGGCGACUGACUACAGGGAUGCUCCAUAUUAUAAAAAAUAUAAAGAUUUGAAAUGCGAGGUUUGUAGCAUUCCUUCUGGAAGUUGUACCCAAUGUCCAUAUCCCAAUUGCAAUAGAUCAUAUCAUAUAUUAUGUUCUAUUGACAUCGAUUGUGCGUUAUAUGAACGUCAAGACGCUGUUGGUGGAAUACAUUAUGAAAUCUG